AUGUCAAUAGAAGUCGCUAAAGGUUCAUCGCCAUUCGCGUUCUAUGCCUUUUACCAGCUGUAUUCUCAUUUGAAUCCGGGGGAAACAUCUAAUCUUUCUUUAAAAGAAAUUGCAAAAAAUCUAUAUCCCGACUUUAAAAUAGACUACAACGAAAAAACGUCAUUGUUCAUAACUUGGAAGAAAAGAUCGGAUAAGCACCAUAAUGGGAGCUCAACCCAAGAGAACUAUAUGCUCAGAGGUUGCAUUGGUACAUUUGCGAAAAUGCCAAUAGCGUCCGGUAUUAAGAGAUAUUCUUUAAUUGCUGCUCUAGAAGAUAGGAGGUUUUCUCCUAUUCAGAAAAGAGAAUUAACCGAUUUAAAAUGUAGUUGCAAUAUUCUGGGCCAUUUCAAAACCAUUUUCCAAGGCGGGGAUAAUCCAAGCGGUGACAUUUUUGAUUGGGAACUCGGAAAGCAUGGUAUUGAACUGUAUUUCAAGCACCCGAAAACAGGAACAACAUGCAGUGCGACUUUUCUACCUGACGUCAUGCCUGAACAGCACUGGAGUAAAGAAGACACGUUUGUUAACUUGAUUGAAAAAGCAGGAUACUGGGGUAAUAUUAGCGAGGUAAUGGAUAGUUUUGAAAGUUAUUUCAUUGAAGUGAUAAGGUAUGAAGGUGACAAAAGUUCUAUAACUUUUGAAGAAUUUGAGAGGCAACUAGACAAUGUAGAAGCUUGA